UCCGGGAUCCGGCAACUUUGGGCAGCGCAUGCGCGCCCGCAGCGCUCCAUCCCAAACACACACACAUUUUUCCCCCGGACUUGGAAAGUCACCCAAAGCCGCCCCAAGUGCAGGCAAACAGACCUCGCUGAGUGAAGGCGAAGACCAUCCAUCUUACCUGCCUUUCCUGCUGUCUCAGCGUUGGCCCUUCCUAUAGAAGGGGGUCCUGCUGCUCCAGUGGUGUGUGUGGGAAUGGACUUCGGACCCCAGGUUCUUGGGAUGCAAAGGAUGAAGUGACACCCCCACCGCAAGAGAGGAGCCUCUAGGACCCACGACAAGAGUUUGGGACCAAAGAGAGGAGAAUGGAUCUUGGUACAGCUGAAGGCACCCGGUGCACUGACCCGCCCGCAGGCAAGCCCGCGAUGGCAGCCAAGCGCAAAGGCGGCCUGAAGCUCAAUGCCAUCUGCGCCAAGCUGAGCCGCCAGGUGGUGGUGGAGAAGGGCGGGGAGGCUGGCGCCCACGCCGAGGGCAGCCCACUGCGGCCCCGGGACAAAGAGCGCAGUGGCCCCGAGUCCGGGGUGGCCCGGGCCCCCCGCAGCGAAGAAGACAAGAGGCGGGCGGUGAUUGAGAAGUGGGUCAAUGGGGAGUACAGCGAGGAGCCAGUGCCCACGCCCGUUCUGGGGCGGAUCGCCCGGGAGGGCCUGGAGCUGCCACCUGAGGGUGUCUACAUGGUCCAGCCCCAGGGCUGCAGCGAUGAAGAGGACCACGGCGAAGAGCCCCCCAAGGACGGCAGCGUCCUGGAGGAGAAGGACUCGGAUGGGGCAGCCUCCAAGGAUGACGGUGGUCCCAGUGCCAAGCAGGCUUCAGGAGAGGCCUCUUCACUGCGGGACUACGCGGCCUCCACCAUGACCGAGUUCCUUGGCAUGUUUGGCUACGACGACCAGAACACGAGGGACGAGCUGGCCAGGAAGAUCAGUUUCGAGAAGCUGCAUGCGGGCUCCACCCCCGAGGCGGCCACCUCCUCCGCGCUGCCCGCCUCCGAGGACGCCCUCAGCAAGCGGGCGCGGUUCUCCAAGUACGAGGAGUACAUCCGCAAGCUCAAGGCCGGCGAGCAGCUGUCCUGGCCGGCCCACGGCACCACGGCCGAGGGGCGGGCGGGCAAGGAGGCGCUGGGCCCCCUGCCCGGCCUGCGGCUUCCCAGUAGCACCGCGCACCUGGAGACCAAGGCCACCAUCCUGCCCCUGCCCUCGCACAGCAGCGUCCCCAUGCAGGGCCUGGUGGCCCGCGCCUCCAAGUACGACUUCUUCAUCCAGAAACUGAAGACGGGUGAGAACCUGCGGCCCCAGAACGGGAGCGCCUACAAGAAGCCGUCCAAGUACGACCUGGAGAACGUCAAGUACCUGCACCUCUUCAAACCCGGGGAGGGCAGCCCCGACAUGGGCGGGGCCAUCGCCUUUAAGACAGGCAAGGUGGGGCGCCCCUCCAAGUACGAUGUCCGGGCCAUCCAGAAGCCUGGCCCCGCCAAGGUUCCGCCCACCCCCAGCCUGGCUCCUGCACCCCUCGCCAGCGUGCCCACCGCUCCCAGCGCCCCUGGGCCAGGCCCUGAGCCAUCUGCCUCCCUGCCUUUCAACACUCCCGAGUACCUGAAGUCAACCUUCUCCAAAACAGACUCCAUCACCACGGGGACCGUCUCCACUGUCAAGAACGGAUUGCCCACAGAUAAACCAGCUGUCACUGAAGAUGUAAACAUUUACCAGAAAUAUAUUGCCAGGUUCUCAGGCAGUCAGCACUGUGGCCACAUCCACUGCGCCUACCAGUACCGCGAGCACUACCACUGCCUCGACCCCGAGUGCAACUACCAGAGGUUCACGAGCAAGCAGGACGUGAUCCGGCACUACAACAUGCACAAGAAGCGGGACAACUCCCUGCAGCACGGUUUCAUGCGCUUCAGCCCGCUGGACGACUGCAGCGUCUACUACCACGGCUGCCACCUCAAUGGGAAGAGCACCCACUACCACUGCAUGCAGGUGGGCUGUAACAAGGUGUACACGAGCACGUCAGACGUGAUGACCCACGAGAACUUCCAUAAGAAGAACACCCAGCUCAUCAACGAUGGCUUCCAGCGCUUCCGUGCCACCGAGGACUGCGGCACGGCCGACUGUCAGUUCUACGGGCAGAAGACCACGCACUUCCACUGCAGGCGCCCCGGCUGCACGUUCACCUUCAAGAACAAGUGUGACAUCGAGAAGCACAAAAGCUACCACAUCAAGGACGACGCCUACGCCAAGGACGGCUUCAAGAAGUUCUACAAGUACGAGGAGUGCAAAUACGAGGGCUGCGUGUACAGCAAGGCCACCAACCACUUCCACUGCAUCCGCGCCGGCUGCGGCUUCACCUUCACCUCCACCAGCCAGAUGACCUCACACAAGCGCAAGCACGAGCGCAGGCACAUACGCGCCUCGGGCUCCGGCGUGCUGGGGCUGCCGCCCUCGCUGCUGGGCGCCAAGGACACGGAGCAUGAGGAGUCCAGCAACGACGACCUGGUCGACUUCUCGGCCCUGAGCAGCAAGAACUCCAGCCUGAGCGCCUCCCCCACCAGCCAGCAGUCCUCCGCCUCCCUGGCCGCGGCCACUGCCACCUCUGAGGCCGUGCCCAGCGCCACCAAGCCUCCCAACAGCAAGAUCUCGGGGCUGCUGGCCCAGGGCCUGCCCGGCUCCAUCCCCCUGGCACUGGCUCUCUCCAACUCUGGCCUGCCCAGCGCCGCACCCUACUUCCCCAUCCUUCCUGGCCGGGGCAGUGCCUCCCUGCCGGUGGGUGCUCCUGGCCUCAUGGGUGCCAUGUCGUCUGGGACAGCAGGCUCAGCAACCCCUGACACACCUGCCCUGGCGGCCUCAGGAGCCGGUGACUCGGCGGCGGCGGGGGCUGCCUCGGUCCCCAUGCCCCCUGCCUCCAUCAUGGAGAGGAUCUCAGCCAGCAAAGGCCUCAUCUCGCCCAUGAUGGCCAGGCUGGCCGCGGCCGCUCUCAAGCCCUCUUCCCCCUUUGACCCAGGAAACGGGCAGCAGGCCACCCCUGCCAGGUUCCCCCCAGCCCCGGUGAAGCAGGAGCCCGGUGAGAGUGCUGGCGCCCCAGGUCCCCACGAGGCCUCCCAGGACCGCAGUUUAGACCUGACUCUGAAGGAGCCCAGUAAUGAAUCAAAUGGCCACGCAGUCCCGGCAAAUUCAUCUCUUUUAUCCUCGCUUAUGAAUAAGAUGUCUCAGGGCAGCCCCAACCUUGGCAGCCUGUUGAACGUCAAGACGGAUAUGGAGGGGGGCCCUGCUGGGGAGUCCCCACCGUUCCUGGGCAAGGCUGUGAAGGCAAUGGUUCAGGAGAAGCUGUCAGAGCCCUGGAAGGUGUACCUUCGCAGGUUUGGCACCAAGGACUUCUGCAACGCCCAGUGUGACUUCCUCCACAAGGCCCACUUCCACUGCGUGGUGGAGGAGUGCGGCGCGCUUUUCAGCACCCUGGACGGGGCCAUCAAGCACGCCAACUUCCACUUCCGGACGGAGGGAGGAGCAGUGAAAGGAAACCCAGAGGCUGCCUUCCCGGCCUCAGCUGCUGAGACCAAACCCUCCUUGGCCCCCGCGUCCCCUCCAGCGCCACCCGUCACCACGGCCACGGCUUCCUCUCUCGAGGGGCCCACUCCCAGCCUGGCUGCCGUGCCCUCCACCCCCACCCUGCUCGCCUGGAAGCAGCUGGCUUCCACCAUACCCCAGAUGCCUCAGAUUCCAGCAUCAGUGCCUCACCUGCCCACUUCGCCCUUGGCAACGACUUCUCUAGAGAACGCCAAGCCCCAGGUCAAACCCGGAUUCCUCCAGUUCCAGGAGAAGUGAGUCCCUCGAUGAGCCGGGAGUCCUGUGUCCCCCGGGUGUCUCAGGAGUAGGUGCUAGCCAGGGCCGCUGAGGAGGCGCUGCUCCUCGCCUUGCAGGAGCCCUGGCCAUCCCCAGCCUCUCUGGGACCCAGUCCCCGGGCCAUGUCCUUCUAGCCAAAGCUGCUGCUGCUGCUCAGACCUCACUGCCUGUUCCUAGAGCAAGCAGCUGGGGUGGGGGGUGGGGGGUGAUGGUGGAGGCAGUGGCCAUGGUUCUGUAGAGGCCAGUGGCGACGCUGCGAGGACCAGCCGGGGUGGGCUGGCCAGGGUGGGCUGGCUGGGGUGGGCCUCACCCGGCAAGGAGAGCUACGUCUCCCUCCGGGCCUCACUGUUGGUCUCUGUGGCUCCUGCCUGCAACUGAAUCUCUGCAGGGCAAGCCAAGUCACAGCGGGGUGGAGGCAAACGGGCUAGACCCUUCUCUGGGUCCCCACCCUCCCGCACAGUGACCUGAGCUCUCGGGGUGGAAGGGACCUUCCUCAAUGGAUGGUGGUGGCUCCUUGCGGCGAGAACGGUGACUCUGUAUCAUGAUGCGUGCGGCUUCCUGUUCUCAAUAAAAGUAAUAAAUUGGAUGUGAACACACA